AUGUCAGAAGAAGAUAAAUCCAAAAAACUAGAGAAUUUGUUAAAGUUAUUACAAUUAAACAAUGGAGACACUUCCAAAUUCACUCAAGAGCAGAAAAAGGCUAUGAAAGACCAUAAGUUCUGGAGGACCCAGCCGGUCAAAGACUUCGACGAAAAAGUGGAGGAAGAGGGUCCUAUUGAUGAAGCAAAGACACCGGAAGACAUUUCUGAUAAGCCGUUGCCUUUACUAUCUAGCUUUGAAUGGUGUCAUAUUGAUGUAGACAACAAGAAGGAACUGGAAGAUGUUUUUGUUCUACUAAAUGAAAACUACGUCGAAGAUCGCGAUGCAGGUUUCAGAUUCAACUACACCAAAGAGUUUUUCAACUGGGCAUUGAAGAGCCCUGGCUGGAAAAAGGAAUGGCACAUCGGUGUUCGUGUCAGAGAAACACAGAAGUUGGUUGCCUUCAUUUCAGCCAUCCCAGUGACUCUGGGCGUCAGAGGUAAAGAAGUACCUAGUGUAGAAAUUAAUUUCUUGUGCGUCCACAAGCAACUAAGGUCCAAGAGAUUGACCCCUGUUCUAAUCAAAGAAAUAACCAGGCGGGUUAACAAAUGCAACAUCUGGCAUGCAUUGUAUACAGCAGGUAUCGUAUUACCAGCACCCGUGAGUACUUGUCGUUACACUCAUCGUCCUCUAAACUGGAAAAAACUUUAUGAAGUAGAUUUCACAGGUUUACCAGAUGGACAUACAGAGGAAGAUAUGAUUGCCGAAAACGCAUUGCCAAGCAAGACAAAAACCGCCGGGUUAAGAAAGUUAAAGGAGGAAGACAUUGAGCAAGUCUUUGACCUGUUUAACAGAUACCAAUCGAGAUUCGACUUGAUCCAAAUUUUCACUAAGGAAGAAUUCAAACAUUAUUUCAUUGGUGAAGCAUCGUUGCCUUUGGAGAAACAAGUGGUCUUUUCGUACGUGGUUGAGCAGCCGGAUGGAAAAAUUACAGAUUUCUUUUCGUUCUACUCAUUGCCAUUCACGAUCCUAAAUAACAAGAGUUAUAAGGACCUGGGUAUUGGGUACUUGUAUUAUUAUGCUACUGAUGCGGAUUUCCAAUUCAAAGACAGGUUCGAUCCAAAAGCUACGAAGGCGUUGAAAAAAAGGUUGGGCGAAUUGAUUUAUGACGCAUGCAUCUUGGCCAAGAACGCCAACAUGGAUGUUUUCAACGCCUUGACUUCGCAAGAUAAUCCACUUUUCCUGGAUGAUUUGAAAUUCGGGCCUGGUGACGGGUUCUUAAACUUCUACCUGUUCAACUACAGAGCAAACCCGAUAACCGGCGGUUUAAAUCGUGAUAACACGAAUGACGUUGACAAGCGUAGUAAUAUCGGUGUUGUCAUGCUUUGA